AAGUCGGUCAGCUUUUUCUUAGCAUUUCCAACCACAGGCCACCAUGAUGGGCUUGCUGCCGGAGAGAUAAGCUCUCACAUGAUUGUAACAGCUUCAGAGCGGUUAUUAUCACAGAAAACAGAAAUGUUACAAGUGAUGUUGCACAGAUGCUAAUCUGUCUGCUGCUCGACACACAUGGGGCAAUGACCGGUGAACAGUCUGAUGGAUUAAAGGCAAACCGUUGGAGCAAAACAGGACCUGUAUAAAGUAGUAAGGUAAGUGAAACAUACUUUUACAUAAAAAGCAUUGAUUGACAAAGAGGAUGUGACUGAAUGACGCUCUUUUUGGUGUAAAUAGAAAAGGGGGGUAAAGGCUAUAAGGGCUGAAUCCUCAUUCUUUUAUUACAUGGAGCUGUUUUCUUGAAUAUAUGAUCUUUAAGGCCUUUCUCUCCCUCUCGUCUCUGAAGUUCUUUUUAUAAAACAUUUAACUCUGCGUGUUUUGGCACACUUCACCAUUCCUAAGUCUGUUUGGUUUAGCAGAAGCAUAACACAGUCCCCGUCUGCGGGCCAAGAGAAACAAAAUUGAUACGUUCAGAGGUACAGGCGUACAGUAAACCCCACAGAAUAUUUCUCCAAUGAUGCCAGAGGGGAUCACUUUCACUUCCUGGAGGCUCUCUGCCUCACAGGAGCAGGAUUAAGACUUGCUGGACAUCUUUGUCACUUUUAAUCUGACAGUCUUCACCGUAAAUGAUAAAUGGCAGAGAUGUAUGGUCAACAGUUCCUAUGCAGUCCCUCUAAGGCUUUACUGUACAGGAGUCCUUCACACUAUACGAGUCCUUCCAACUUUAGCAAGGACCAUAACCAUAGUAGUCUUGACUGCACAACUUUGGGGAGCACUUGAGACGGUUAAACCUGAUUUUGUAUCUUGGAGAACAACAGCUAGGUCUCUAUCAAGCUGAAUAGAUUAAUACUGCUUAUACAGCUAUUGAGGUUAAGGUAAAUAAACUUGUUUUUUCAAUGCAGGUGCAUCCUACACUAAAAGGGCUGUUAUUGGACAUUUAAAUAAUCUGCAUUUUAAUUUUAUUAAAUUAACUGAUUUCAUCUCUAUUUAUAACAUCCCAGUGCACAAGAUGCUGUAUGUAAAAAGUCUGUUUUUGUUUUUCAUUUUCUUUAGAUGUUAAACAUGUAAAAGUGUGAACAUUUUAUUUUUAAAGAUGCUAGACUAUAAUGCAAUUAAUAUUAAAUAGUAUUUGCUUGAUUUAUAGUGGAUCAGAUUCAGUACAUUUGCUGAACUGCUUCAUUUAUUCAAUCCAUAUUGAAUCUGUACUUUGGUCUGAUACACUAAUAAUUAACAAGCUUUAAUGCUGGAGCUCUAUUAUUAUUAUUAUUAUUAUUAUUAUUAUUAUUUUUAAUUACUGUGGCCAACUUGAGCCUGAAAGAAUAACUUUUGGUCGGUCACAUUGGGAAAAAUCUUAAAAACAGGCUUUACUGCUUACUUUGAAAUUCAUCCACCCCACUGAGCAAUAGACGACUAUUAGAUGUCCAGUUUUUUUAGACCUAAUUUCAACCGUCUAGAUUCUGUAUAUUUUUAGACAAAUUUAGAUGUUGCACUUUAACCCAUUAUUGGAUAACUAUUUAUUUAAAAAAGCAACUGUGAGUUGCAUAACUGAUCUCCAAGUACUUAACCAAAAUAAUUAUGAUAGCCGUUGACCAAUAUACAGUGUAGUAUCGAUAUAGCCCAGACAUAGAUUUAGUCUGAACUCGGUCUAAAUUUAGAUGUCUAAAAAACGUUUAUUUUUAGACCUGUGGUAGUCUGAUUUUAGACCAGUCGUCUUGGCUACAUUUAGACGUCUGUUAGACCUCUUUUAGACCAAAAAAUGCUCAGUGGGACUCAUAGGCAUUAAACUGCAGACGUGAAGGAUAAAAAAAUUUAGUAAGGUGCAAAAUCAAAAAGAUUUUUUAAAGUGAUACUGCUUAUCUUUUUGCUAAUGUUGUCCUGCACAUUCAUAGGUCAUGUUUAUGACAAAAAAGACAUCCAGCUUUCUUUUAAAAGUUAUGCCAUAGACUGUAUAUACUAUGGACAACUUGGUUCCGCCUCCUGCCUGUAUACGGAUUUGAAGCCGAAAUUUUUUGAAGCCGAUUUUUCUUCAUUUUCCGAAACCAAUAUUACGCAGUAGCGUUGUGCGCAUUUGGCGGGAGAGUCGCCGAGAGUUGGCGUUCGGGGAUUGCGUAGCUCAUCCGGGGGGGAUACGCUGUUUGAGCCGAGCGCCAUCACACUGACGGGCGUGCAUUGCUACUGCGCAGCACUGUUUCAGGAAAUUAAGAAAAAUCCCAGAAAAAACGGACAGUUUUUUGGCUUCAAAUCCGUAAACUGGCGGUAGGCGGAACCAAGUUGUCCAUAGUAUAUACAGUCUAUGUGUGCGCCUUAUAGUGCGAAAAAUAGGGUAGGUUUUCUUCACCGUGCUGUAAAUCUCAUCUGACAUCCACUAACUAUAACAGCAGUCAUAGGCAUGAGGAGUUAUUAAGGACAAAGCUAUUGCUGGUGAUCUUGUUUGUGUUUGUGGCAUCAAAGUCAAAAACUCCUUACAGUAGCUUUAAAAAGCAAACUGGAACAACCUACCAACAAAACAUAAAGGGAGUGGGAGUGAAGUAAUGUAAGGCUAACUUGCUGUAGACUCUGUAAGGACAGUUUUUAUAAGUGUGGGUGAUGUUUUUGUAGGUUUGAUAUGAAUCCUAACAGCAGAGUUAACAUAGUUUAUUUAUAAUCAGAGUGUGAAUGAAGCCUCCUCUCUGCAGCUUCACUCAAACUACUCAAAAAUUUAGCCAUUACACUCAGAUUGACAAAAAAAGAAACAAGUCUGAGGCAAAAGUUAGGCUUAACUUUUUGCCUUUUUUCCUCUUUCUGUGUCUGAUGUGCUGAAUUAUCCCUCCUUCACCAAAAUAAAAGACAGAGAAGCGGAUGAGUAACCUAGCUGUAAAUGAGAGCAUCAUCUUGUCCUCCGCAGCGCCUCGCUCUGUCCGCCGCCUCUCCCACAUUCUCAGACAGUUUAUUAAAAAUUUUCAGACAAAAGGAAAACAAAAAUGGCAGCCCUGUCUUAUUUUUAUAAGCAGUGGACGCCAUAUUCUGCAGAUCCGAAUAUUAUAAGGAGCUGAAUCUCCUCAUGCAUUGAAACGCUCGGGCGAUGCGUCGGGAUGUGGCUUAUUUGCAUAAGGCGUACGAACGAUUGUUUACUUUGAUUUGCAGGUUUGAAUAGCCCGGCUUUAGGAGGAGGAAAAAAAACACAGCCUGACACUUCCUACAACAAUCAUCAUGCUGAAGCUCAAUGCUCUGCAGCUGCCGAGCCAUAAAUCCAAACGUCGACGUGAAUUCCGGGCGCGUAAUGAGAGUUUUUAUUCGCACGGAAAGAAGAAACGAAAUCUUUGAACACCUCUGCGCUGCGAAUAGUCUCCUUUUAAUGCAACUUUUGCGUCACUUAAAUAAAAAAAGGGGUGACGAAGCGAGAUGGGAAAGGUGCAUGUGAGAGAAAAAGAGCUAAAAAGGAGGGAGAGGUUUUUGCAUCGAGCGGCCAACAUACCUGAAGCAGCGAGAGAAGAAAUAUUUUAUACAGGAUUGGACUCUUCUUUCUGCUCGCUCUCAGUCGGACUUCAAACCUUCCGGGUCGCCUGCUGUUCACUUCUGGGUGCUGCAGGCGAGGGACACAAACUGAUUUUUUAACCCAUUUUCUGGUUUCUCCCUGAAUUAGUUUUUCUCGCAGAUGUUGCCGUCGCCUCGUGCGCUGCAGUGGCUCAAUUACGCAUGGAGAGUUGAUUUUAACAGUACGGUAGCACACGUGAGGCUGACUUUCUCUCACUGUUACAUUAUAGUGUCGAAUAAAAUGGAAAAUAAUGCUGUUUGAUUCGCAUGGCUCGAGUAUAAAGUGGGGGUAAUUUGUUGCAUGCAGGUGUCAUUCAUCAGUCCCAAUCUGCCUCCUCGGGUCACCUCGGUCAUGUACAGUAGAUAUGAUGUGUAAUCCUCUCAGCAGCAGGAGCAGCAUGACAGGCUGCUAAUGUGCUCUGUGCUGAGCUCAGCAGGAGGUGGCACUGCUGCCACACAAACAGGCUCAGGUAGAGCAAGCAGGUUGAAUCACAGUUGGAAAUACAUGGGAGUGUGUCAUGAUAUGUUCUGGUGUUUAGUUUUUCCCUGGUUUUGUGUUUCGCUUGAGUGUAGUUUACGGUGGCCGAGAACCGCCACUGCUGAAGAUAAAAAAGAAUGCAAAAAAAAAAAAAGUCACAAUGGAAAUUACUGAUGCAAAAAGAAAAAAAAAAAAAAACGAAGCCCGCUGAAAAAAAUAAAUGAAUAAAAAUAAUAAAAGAAAAGAAAAGAAAAAAAACGGUGCAGAUAAAAAAAAAGCUACAAUGGAAGUUAACGACAAAAAAAAAGGGGUGAUGCAAAAAUUAAAAAUUUACUUACUGCUAAAAUAAAAGGAUGCAAGUAAAAAAAGCCACAAUGGAAGUUACUGAUGAAAAAAAAAAGAAACCAAAGCCUGCUGCAAAUAAAAAAGAGGCAGUGCAGAUAAAAAAAUAAAGAAAUAAAAUUUGAAAAAUUUACUCACUGCGAAAAUAAAAGGAUGCAGAAGAAGUAAAGAAGUAAACGGAAAGGUUAUUGUUUAAUUUCGCUUUCUGUGCUUUUCAAUGUGUCAUUUGGUUCCGCCAUGUUGUGCCUGAGUCGAUAUGAAGUUGGUCUGGAGGAUGCCGGUGUAGUGUUAGCUUCAGUUCAACUCUAUAUCAACUCAGGCGCUACAUGGCUUAACCAAAUGACACAUUAAAAAGUACAUGAAGCGAAGUUAAACAAUAACCUUUCCACUUACUUCUUUGCUCGUUUUCUCGCCGUCAUCUUCCAUGCCUAGAUCGGUGGCUUUUUAAAAUUUGCAUCCUUUUAUUUUCGCAGUAAGUAGCUGUUUUCUUUCUAUCACCACUUUUUAAAAAUUUUAUAUUUUUAUUUUGUGUUGUUAACUUCCGUUGUGACUUUUUUUUUUUUGCAUUCUCUUUUUAUUUGCAGCAGUGACAGUUCUCGGCCACCGUAGUAUUUUCCUUAUGAUUGUUCUCUGUUGUUCCUGCUCCCCUGUCGUCUUGUCUUGUGAGUUUUCAGUUUGUGUCUGACCCCAGUUCCCUCAGUUUUCAGUGUUUCCUGUUUUAUUUUGUAGUAGUUUAUUCCCUGUGUUUCUAGUCUUGUUUUACUUCCUCAGUUUUCCCUCCUUAGUAAUUGUCUUCACCUGUGUCUCACCUGCCUCUCGGUGCUCGUUUCUCUGUGUGUGUAUAUAUAGCCCUUGUCUUCCCCUGUUUCUUUGUCAGUUCAUUGUGUGUCUAUGCCUCUGUGUUGGAUGUUGCUCUGUGUGACUCCGGUGUCUCCUCUUGGUUUUUGGAUUUUUGAGUUGGACAUUUUGAAAAGUGAGUUUUUGUUUUAGUUCCUUUUAAAUAAAUCAUCAUUUUGGUUCUGCAUUUUGGGUCCUUUCCUUUUUUGAUAUUUAACUUAUAAUUUAUACAGGAUUAUAGGGAUUGUACUUCCUUCAGUGAUAAAAACCAAAUGAUACCGAUAAAUGCUGCUGUGUAAAACUGUGGGAACACAGGUGCAGCUCAAAAAAUGAGAAACUUCUAAAUAUUCCAGAUUCAUUAUAGUGAAAUAUCUCAAUAUUUUUUAUUGUUUGAAUCCUGAUUACGUCUCACAAAAAUCCACUGUCUCAAAACAUUAGAAUAUUGCAAAACCCCAAUCAAAGAAAAUGAUUUAUUAUACAGAAAUUUCCACCUUUUGGAAUAAUAUAAGGUUCAUUUAUGCCCUUAGUACUUGGUCAGAGCUCUUUGUGCACAAAUUACUACAUCAAUAUGACGUAGCAUGGAGUCAAUCAGUCUGGUCCUCUGCACAGAUAAUGACCUUCAGCUCAUCUUUAUUGUUGGCUCUAGAGUCUCUCAUCUUUCUCUUGACAAUAGCAGAGGGAUUCUUUAUGGGGUUCAGGUCAGACACAGUCAUACCAUGAUCGGAAAACAGCUUAUGGUAAUUUUGGCACUGUGGGCAGGUGCCUGGUCCUGUUGGUAAAGGAAAUCUGUAACUCCAUAAAGCUUGUCAGUAGAUAGGAGUAUAAGGUGCUCUAAAAUCUCCUGGCUCCAGUCAACCCUCCAUUGAUUUGCUUCAAUACAGCACUCUGUGAUCAGCCAAUAACCAUCUGUGGCUUACCCUCCUUGUGGAAGGUGCCAGUGAUCCUCUUCUGGACAACUGUCGAGUCAGCAGUCUCCCCCAUGAUUGUGAUUGAGUGUGAUUGACUAAACCAGAGUGAGAGAAUAAAGGCUCAGUAAACCUUUGCAGGUGUUCAGAGUUGAUUAGCUGAUGAGAGAUCUUCUCAGGGCUGAAAUAACUGACAGGAAACUGGACUUUUCCACAAUAUUUUAAUGUUGUAGGACAGUGGAUUUUUGUUAAUUUUUUAUUAGCUGAAGACUGUAAUCAUACAGAUUCAAACAAAAAGUCUCAAAAUAUUUUACUGUGUAAGUGGAGAAUCUAGAAUAUAUGGAAGUUUUACUUUUUGAAUAAAUUUUUUUUGACUGCACAUGUAGAUUUUAUAAAACCACUUUUUAUCAUUGGGGAUGUACAGAACAUUAGAGAGUGUCUUUAGUGAUCUAACCUGUAGGGGGCAUGCAUCUGUUUUAAGUUAUUGUUUUCCGCCCAGUUAAGUUUAACAGCAUCAAAACUCUAAUAAAGUCAAUAAAACAGUAAAGAAACUACAACAGAAUUAUCUUAAACAUUUAACAAAUUAAUGUGAAAAUGUCAACAAAAGCAAGGCCCCACAUAAACAGAAGUAGCAUUUAUGCACCUACCUUGCACACACAGUUGUUUUCUUACCUACACCCUGGUAAACAAGAUAGAUCACUCACUCACUUAUUCAAAUCAAGCCUGCAUAGCCACAGCUCAUGCAAAUCUCCAGAUGAACCUGAGCUUCUAUCUGUAGUGUGAGUCAGACUAAGGAAACUAAAGAAGUAUAAAUGUGCGGCGCUCCAAAACUGUCAACUCACUGCUGCACAGAGACGCAUAUAAACGCAUUAAAUCCUUUUCCAGACUGUUGUCAUUGAGAUGACAGAGAAAUGAAGCAUCCGUCAUAACAUUAGAUCUAAAACAAAUCUUUGUUGUUUUUUCUCUGUUUCGCAGAAUGAAGGUGAAAAUUAUCUUCUCUUCUGCGUUUAAUGCAACUGUGCCAUGCAUGUCCUCUUGCUCUGCACUGGAGGAAACAGUCUAUAAGCUUGAUAAAAAAAUUUAAUAAUGUCUUUUAAAUGAUGCCUCGGUGCACUGUUGUUACAAUUGUUUUCAGCCUUUCAAGAAAAAUCUGCAUCGCACCCCUCUCCUCAAAAAAAAGGGGUUUUCUUAUUCUGAUGAGAGCCUGGAGAAACAAAACGUGCAAUGUAACUCCUUUUAGAUGGUUGGAUGUCAAUGCACAUGUCAAAACUGAUAGAUAACUUCAUAAAAUGGACAUUUAAACAGGGUUUGAGCUUUAAAUAAAGUUUGGAAAUGGAUAACAGCUCAUAUUGCAGGAUGAUUUCUUUGUGAAGACUUGCAAAUGUGACCAGGAAAUGGCAUCAUCUUAGUCCUGGUUCUUGAUCAACACUCUGCACGUGCAUAUUUGCUUUAACCUCUGAAAUAACAAGCUUGUACUUUGCAGAAGGAGGGUGUAACGCAGGAAUGUAUACAGUGUCAGUACAAAAACAUCUUUAUCAUUAACCGAUGUCAACACUUUUAUCUUCACACUCAAACACAUACACUGACACUGACACGCACUUUGCAUCCCUCACAUAUAGUUAGCUAGUUAGACUGGUUUUCUUGCCUGCACAAACACAGCCACACCCUCAUAGGUGCACAUGUUCCCUCACCUCCACACAGACCAGGUGCAGGGAGCACAGGAGGGGGGAGGUGAGAGAAGGAGGGAGGAGGGGGUCAUUAUCCCCAUGAGGGUGGAGCAAUAGGUGUAGGGGUUGAAGAGAAACGGAUGAAACGUUUGACGCUCAUAUUAACAUGCUGCUUUGAAGGCUCCUGUAAGUCCAGGUAAGAGCUGAACAAACUCACCGCAGUUUUAUUCCAGGUCUAGAUCUUUGUAUGAUAUGAUAUGCUAAUCACUUAAAGAAAUAAAAGGGUUACCUUUCUCUAUUAAUCUAGUCUGAUUGUACAGUAUCAUGUUCAGGAGGGGGGAGUAAUUACAGUCAGCUCAGCAACAGGGUGUACUGUACAAAUGCUCACAUUACUGAGGGGUUUAUGAGAAUUUAGCCUGUUAUUGGUGUUGAAAAUAAUUGGAGAUACCAUGCAUGUUAAACUGAACUUGCAGCUAAAUUUCCUCACUUUGGAUCCACUGUAAACAAUGGUCUGGUCCAGGGUUCAAUUCUAAUGUCAACAAUGAAAAUAUCAACCCUAAAAACCCUCAAGGUUGAAUCAUACAUAGAGGAGUAACCAUGACUCAUUGAGAGUUAGUUGAACUUUAGGGAAGCUUUACAGAUAUUUUUAACACGUUUUUGUGGGGUUUACUGUGUGCAGAGUGCCGAGCAUUCCUGAGCCUCCUCUACCCCGAGGCCGACAGAAAACCAGUUUGCCUGUGCGUUAACCCGCGUGUGUGUUGUUGUUGUUGUAGCCAUGGAUGGUGUGUUGGAAGGAGCAGCCGUGUUGUGUGCGUGUAAACUGGCCUGCAGUCUACUCUUCCUGCCCUCACUGACCGGAUCCCAGAGUCCGGUCAGCUUCUGCUGCUGCUGUCACCUCCUCUUCACUGACUUCCUGGUCACAGGUGAGUUUGAGAUGAACUGGUCAGCACCAGUCUGGCCCAGUGGUCCCCAACUCUUCUUUCUGAAGGAGGAAAUAUAACGUGUUAUUAGUAUGGUGCUCUGAAUGUGCUCUUUUGUAUCCAUAUGAAUGAAAAAAUAAAGAUAAAGUAAGUAACUGCUCCUCUUACAGGGGAAACACUUAUGAUAAAAGCAGACCCAUUACCUACAGAAAUACUGGACCUGUUUUUAUUUUCAGUCCUCUAGGUCAGUUGUUAGUAAGGUCUGCAUCACCUUUACUUUCAUCAGUAGAAAUACAAUUUUUUAUGUUGGAUUAUUGUAUCAGCAGUUAUCCAACUAUCAAUAUUCCUCUUCUGCACGUCUGAGUUGUACAUAGCUGCUUAUAGACAUAGAUAGAUAGAUGACUUUGUUAAUCCCAGAAGAGAAAUUAAAUUAUCUUGGCAGUCCAGUAAAAUACAAUAAAAUAAAUAAAAUACUGAAUAAAUACAAUAAAAUAAAUUGAUAAAAUUUUGAAUAAAUGCAAUGAAAUAUAUGAAUAAAAUACUGAAUGAAUAAAUAAAUUCAAUAAAUAAAAGACUGAAUAAAUACAAUAAAUUAAAUAAAUAAAGAAAUAAAAUGCUGAAUAAAUACAAUAAAAUUAAUAAAUAAAACGCGGAAUAAAUACAAUAAAAUAAAUUAAUACAAUUUUGAAUAAAUACAAUGAAAUCAAUAAAAAAAUACUGAAUAUAUACAAUAAAAUAAAUAAAAUACUGAAACAAUAAAAAAAUAAAGAAAAUACUGAAUACAAUAAAAUUAAUAAAUAAAAGACUGAAUAAAUACAAUAAAUGAAUUAAUAAAAUACUAAAUCAAUACAAUAAAGAAAAUAAAAAAUACUGAAUAAAUACAAUAAAAUAUAUAAUUAAAAUAUGAAUCAAUACAAUAAAGUACAUAAAAAAUACUGAAUAAAUACAAUAAAAUAGUAAAUAAAUAUAAUAAAAUAUAUAAAUCAAUACAAUAAAGAAAAUAAAAAAUACUGAAUAAAUACAAUAAAAUAUAUAAUUAAAAUAUGAAUCAAUACAAUAAAGUACAUAAAAAAUACUGAAUAAAUACAAUAAAAUAGUAAAUAAAUAUAAUAAAAUAUAUAAAUCAAAUACUGAAUAAAUUCAAUAAAGUAAAAAAAUACUGAAUAACUACAAUAAAAUAAAUAAAACACUUGAUAAAUUAUAUAUAUUUUAUAAUUGUAUAUUCUGAUUCCUUUUACUGAAUCUUUCAGUUUCUUGAAAAGGAUUACUUAAUGUUCCUUCUCUUUUAGUCCAACCUUAUUGUGUAGCCUGAUGUACGUGCAGAGUCUUGCACUGUUCUCACUCGCUCUCUCUUAUGAAAGGCAGUUUCUGUAUGCUCACCUGAAAUGUCAGUUACACAAGUGAACAGGAUAUUGUGACAUCAUGACUGUUUCAGGGGACAAUAGGUUUUUUUUAUUUUAUUUUCCUCUUGAGAAAACUUUCACUAUUGUGCUGUUGAAUCUUGUAACCUCCAGAGUACAGUCAGAGUACACCAGUGUGGAGAAACUUUGCAGCAACACAGAAGGAAAUAUUGGCACAUCAAGGUUUCUUGGUUUUUCACCUCGGGGAAAACUCUGAUGUCGUUUAAAGUUGUGAAACUUAACAGAUUACAAGCAGAGGAUUUUCAUAUCAUACAACACAUGCAGACAGAAUCCUUUUUAUACUAUUUUAAGCUGCUGCAUAUGCAAAAUAUUUCCACAUAACCUUCAUCCAAAACCCUCUAACAAACUUUCUUACGUUUUCUCUUUUCUUUUAUAGUUUUUCUGACGAUCCUUUGCAUCCUUGAGCCCUGGCUGUCAGAUCAGAGCUUCCAUGGGGAUGUUAUUGCACUGCGCUUCCUGCUGUUCCUCAGCCACACAUAUGGUGUGGUACUUCUCCUGACCAUACCUCUGAUCGCCGUGGAGACUCUGAACAGACUGUUCUAUCCUCCAUCUACAGUUGCUCAUCAGUCAAAAGGUUCAGGUCCAGGUGAUGAUGAACUAGAUCGUAACAUCUGGGAGGAAACGUUGGAAAAAGAGGAGGAGGAGGGUACAAGAAAGAAGUGGAAGAUUUCUCAGGUUGUCAGCUACCUCUGCUGCCUGUCAGUGUGGGCUGUCGUCGCCCUCAAUGUCAGCUGGAGAUGGAAGCUGGAGGAAGUGUGGACCUCUACCUGUUUGCGCAGGACCAACUCUCUCAUCAGGUGUUUGCCCAACCUGUUAAGCCCCAUGCCCAUCUCUGUAAACCCCUGCUGGUGCAUGGCCUUCCUCUCGCUCCUCAUGCUCAUCCUCAGCAUGACCACAAACCUGGAUAGACCAUUACGAAAGACCCCUGCAUGUAUGGGUAGAGAAAAGCACAGAAGAAAAAGUGUUGAUGAGAAUAACGGUGAAAGUUGCUUCCAAGACUUUGUCCUCGUUCCCUCUGAGCAUGUGAAGUCAGAACCGGAGGCAGCUCUGUGUGUUGACCCAGAGAAAACAAAGAGCAGCUGCAGUGUUCACAGGACCUAUUCCUGGAACAACAUGGAGAUGUCAACAAGUCACUAUGGAGACUUUGUCCUCAUCCCACCCGACUUUGUAUCUGCAGGGAAGGUAGGACAGGAGAGUGAGAGGACAAAGAGUAGUAUACUUCUGACAUUUAUAGCAGAAGACCGCGUGGACUCAGAGCACAGGAGACAAUGGGGUUUUCCCUGCCCCGGGGUAAAUGUAAUGAUAGGGUUGGUGGGUGUGCUCUCUAUCUUUGUACUGCCUCUGAAUCUCAGCGUGAACAUCUUUCUGAUCAGGACUAUUGAAACUCUGCUGGAGCUGUGCAUCAAAUCUUUAGUUUCAUCUGCGGCGGGCACAAACAACACAACCACCGUACACAAUGAAACACUUCUAUGAAGUGGGAAGGGUGAGAAGCAGAAAUUGGACGCUGACAAAGUGCUGUUGGCAACAAGAUCACCAGAUUAAUAUUGCAUGUUUGCAGAUGGCAUGCCUACCUGUCAACAUUGGUUGGAACUGAGGGUAAAUAAGCAUUUCCCUUUGGAGAUAUUCAUGUGUUGAAUAAUAUGUUGAAAGUGCUGAAGAGGCAGGUUGAGGCCUGCUUGUUAGAAAGACACUAAACCUAGCUGAAACAGACAGCUAGAAGGCCUGCUUUUAUAGAACAGAGCCUUAAGAUCUGAAGCGAUUUGUCAUUACACAAUGGGUUACAGAACAAGCCUCUGUCAUUGAAAUAAGACUAAUCCAGGGGCAAACAGGGCUUUGAGAGAAGCUGUAUGAAGUGUGCUGAUGCUGCAUCACAUAAACCCUGCAUAAAGCAAUGUACAAAUAAACACAACGCCUGUGGCUCGAGGGUGUGCCACAGAUUUCGUUUUUCUUCUCUGUAGUUUUGUCUCUGUUCUUCGAAAAGCAGAUAGUCUCAAAGGACUGUGCUUCCCCUCGGAGAGCACACUCAAACACGAAGAUUUACCAAACUACUGUAAUGAAGGGAAUCUAAGGUACUUGAACUAUACUUGCUGUUACGUAUUUUCUGUCGCUGUACAACUAAUGCACUAUUUCCUGGGAAUAUAUUUUUGUUUUUACUCUGUGUUGUACUUUCUUUAAAGUUUAAGAUUUAACUUUAGAAACCAAUGUACAAUAAAACAUACCAUGAAUUUAUUACUGGUAUCAAACUUGUUUGUCUUGCAACAAGUCGGAGCCUGUUUUAGAGGCGAAUGGGAUGUUGACAUCUAAGUAUCAGCUAGUUAGCUUAGCUGAGCUUAGCUUAGCGUAGUAGAAAAUGCUCACUGAAAGAGUAUUGCAUUUGUAUCAUAGUCUGUGCAAAGCUUUAAUAUCCAGUGUAUACUUUUGUAACGUGAAGGUCCGAUGCAAGGUGUUUGGAUAAUUCAAAUGAUGAGAAACAGCAGGAUGGAGACAGAUAACUCAACAGAUUAACAGCGCUUUUACUGUUCAGCCAUCUUGUCACCCUGACAACAAAACCCCCAAAACUUAACAUCCUGGACAACCCUGAUUACAUGUCACACCUCAAAAUAAACGUAAAUGAACCUCAGAAACACAUUCUGCAUAAUCUGCUAACCCUAACAAAUAGCUGCAAAGAAAGCAUUUAAACUUGUAAAUAUGUAAAUAUGAACCUAUCAACACUUUGUGAGUAGUUCUCUGUAUGAAACACAUUUUUUUUAGCUUAACUCAGAGACAGUUAACUGUAAUAGUUAACAGAAAUAUAUGACUUCACUGUUAAAGCUUACAUUUAGCAACUGUUGCUCCGAUAUAGGCCUACAGGAAACAUUUUUUUCCAUGAAAUUCCCCCCUUUAGAGGUUUAUUAUUUGUCCACUAGUUUUAUAUGUAUCAUAUUAUGAGGUAAAAGAUUCCAAAAAGUGAUAUUUAGGGGUGUUAGUUAUUUUAUUUAGACAAAGACCCUCUGUUUUGCUAAGCUAACAUGCUAUUUGUUACGUUAGCUAGCUUAGCAGUUGCUCAUAUCUCAUUAAUGCUUAAUGGUGAGUUAAAGAUUCUCAGUUUCCCUUUGGAUAAAAGUGUUUUUGCUUCUGCCAACAACAAAAAUGAAUCUGAAAACCCAACCUUUCACAACAUAAAGAUGUAGACGGGGGCUUAUAUUCACUUGAAUGGACAGAUACCCCUCUUUUUUUACUCCUUCACUGUCAACACGAUCGUUUCAGCUGCGUCACAUACACUCCACAGUGGUGAACACUAGAGGGCACUCCUGCACAAGAACUACAGCUAUGAGGAACAGACACCUUCAGCAGGACCCAGAGGCUGUAAACAUAUAUGGUAAAUGAGUUUUAAAGCCAAAGAAGAGGGAUGUGGAGGAUUGAGGGGGCAGAGGAGGUCAUUCUAAGGUUUCUCUACCCACGACAGAGCCUGGGGGAGCAGAGAGAAGGGCCUGCACACAUCCUCUCAAACUACAGAGACCUGACUUGACUGAGAUCAGAGGGCCUAUUUUAAGACACAUGGAGGGACUUUAAAUGCCCUGAUUAAACCCAAUGAAAAUUAUUGCUUCACAGCUGUAAGAACCUAAAUCUUACUGAGAAGUGAACAGACAAAAGGUUAACGGGUGCAAAAGAUUUUCCUCCAGGGCAUGAUGACAUUCAGACGUAAUGUUUUAGUUGCUGUGGGAUUUUUUAGUUGUUAUGUUGUUGCCAUUUGAUGCAAGAGCGAUGCUCUGUGGGAAAUAUAAGAAAGCAGUAUGGUGAGGACAGAUCUCUUACUCUAAUAGUGUUUCAUUUGAGUGCUUUAUCAGAACACCCACAAGUGAUUGAACAGCUCCCAGCCUGGUGAGUAAUCUUCUGAUUCAUCUCCAUGUGACUGCUUUCUUCUCUGUGCUCUGAGGCCAGAAGAUUCCUAUGUUCAAUAUAUUUGGAGUAUAUGAAAUCGUACAGAGCUGAAAUCUGAAAGUCAUAUCCAUUUAACAUGAUUCUUAGUGCUAAACAGAUGAGUAUUGUUUUAAUAAUCCCCAAAUUUUGGCUGUUAUAAUGUGAAAAUAAACCCAACAAGAUUUGGACAUGAAGCAGUGACAUACUUGUCCUCUUUUCUGUCUAGAUCCUCGGUUGUGUUGUCCUUUCUCUUGGACUAAAGCAUCUGCUAAAUCAAUUAAACCGUAAUACUGUAUCUUUCUGCAAUAUGUGCAAUAAUGGAGAUGUUAUCUGUUCAUGCCAUUGGCUGCAGCACAUGUUCUUUACUGUACUUGAUGACAAAUGAGAGCCCUCGUUUCUGCGUUUUCCAUCAUUUACAAGAUUAAAAACCCAACUUUGGCCUCAGGAUGGCCACACCAGACUGAAAUCAGAUACACAUCUCUCAAAGGAGAGCUCAGUGACUUUUUAAUGGACACUUACCCCUCAGGUAAAACACAUCUAUUACAGGACAGACACCUCCUCAGAUAAGAAUGUCUCUAUCACAGGAGCGAGAUUAUAGAACGAGAGCAGAGGAUGUGAAGCCACUUGUCCUGGGGGUUUGCUUUGAAUCGACGCUGCUCCUCUUCAAACUGCGGAGUUUGUGUUGUGAAACAGCUGAAAUCCUGAUGCAAGAAGGCUCAAUAGCUUCAGGGUGUGAAAGAAUAAAGCAGAAGGGUACAAAGUUACACUCCAAAAACACAACUUUCGGGCUUUUCUGAUGCAGUUUGACUCAGAUCUAAACUUUCAAUCAAGAUUUGAAGCUGUAUGACAAAUUUCUUCGCUGCAGAGUAACAACCAGUCGCUCUAAGGCGUCACAGAUGGUAAAUGAGGAGGACGAUGAAAGGAGCACUGAACCCAUGCAGGCGUCUUUUUUUAUUCAUCACAUCACGUCUGCCUAUGCCAAAAUAGGCAACGCUAAUAAAAAGAGUUCACAACCUCCUACCUCCAUGCAGGAAGGCUUAACUGGGCUGACAGCUUGGCAUAUCUCGACUAAAAUAUCUGGCAGGAAACUCUGACUGAAAAGGAGCAGGUAUUGACAAGCCGAGGAAAAGUCCUCCCACGUAUCAAGAUUAAUCUGCCUCUUAGAUAUGUUUUUGUUUUGAGAGAUUCAAUCACAGCUGUGUUGGUAUUGUUUGUCUUAAAUACUGUGGUGGAGCUUGUUUGCUCUUUGACUGCAGACUCACACAUUUAAACAUAGUUCAGUACCAAACUAACUGGCAUGCAUGAUCUCUUUAGCAUUGGUGUUCAACCCCUGUAGUUUGCGAGUCUUUAAUAAGAGGCAAAUUAACUUUGCACUCCUUUUAAAAGGUGAAGAUCUUGAUGUGUCCAGACUGGAGACAGUGAUUAAUCGGGUAGCUGAUUAAUUGGGCCAGAAAUUGGCAUUUAAAAAUAAUCUGCAUCACAUUGGCCUAAGCUCUGACAAGUGCUGAUAACACAUUUUUUUGCCAUCCUUAAGGACAGCAUCUUUAUUAUGCUUUUUUCAUACUUUGAAAACAGUUAAAAUGUUGGAAUUUAAGUCUUAUAGCUAGUUGUUAUUGCCCAUGAUCUGACCCCAUCCACUUAAAGCUCUUUCUGGCCCUUUUUUCCUUCAUAAAAUCUAUUUCAGUCACUUGCUCACAGGGGUGUAGAGAUUUUAAUUUGUGUACAAAAAUAAGUGUCAAUAGCUGCGUUCACAUGGGCACAGAUAAUCAGAAUAAAUGCCCGAUUGGGAUAAAAAUGCAUCAUGUAAACAUGUUGAUCGGAAGAUUCUGAUACAGUUCGGCUCAAUCGGAAAGAAAUUGUGUCCCGAUCGAGGGGGUGGUUUAUGUCGAUAGUUAUUCCGAAACACGUCCAUGUAAACACUUAUUUCGAUCGUGACUCUCUUACCUAAUUGGAUCUUCGCUUUUUAGCCCUUGGUUAAUUUAUUGAGGCAAGUACAGGAGGUUCACUAUCAACACUCUGGCAUAAAACACAACCACAGGUGCUGUGUUUGCUCUUCCGGUAACAUAACAAGGCGUACAUACAGCGUAAUGAUGUCACAUCUGCACGCACAGAGCAACCUUUGACAGACCAGUAAAAUAAGUACACAAGGGCGCCACCUAGUGACAACAUUUAACAGUGGGAAAACUCCUGAAUUGGAUGGAGUGAGCCACUUCCGCGUUUGUUGGUUUGUUGACAGCACAGGCGUCAAAACAAUUCUGCGGUUUUAAGCGAUAUUAGACAACUCUGCGCAUGUCCAAAUGCUUCUAAUCUGAAUGAAGGUUGGUGCAUGUAUACGCACGUCAUGAUCGGAUUAUUUGAUUUUGCACCAAUAUAAACAGUGGAUUCAGAUUAUCCGAUCCCUCAAAUUUGUAAUCCGAUAAUCAAGAAAUUUUGCACAUGUGAAAAUGGCUAUUGUGUUCAGCUUAUACUAAAUCUGAAUUAGGGUGAAAAUGUGACUGUUACAGAUUAAAAUCAGGACAAAUUUAACGAGACCAUCUGAUUUUAGCAGUAAUUUAUUAUACAUUAAAACAUUUUCCACAAACCUCCAGCAGCAAAAGCACACAGGAGUGUGUUCACACAAAGAUGGGUGCACAGCUGCCAUCAUCAAAGAACACAAUCAUCAUUAUAAUCAUUAAAAGUGUCAUAGUUAUUGUUAUAAUCAUUUAAACCAUUAGCAUUACCUUCAGCACCAGGAACCCAACACCACGUCACAAUAAUCUCCUUCUUGAUAUUCAAACAGAAACAGACUCCACUGAAGUCUACAACAAAGCAAACUGAGGUCAAAUGUAAGCGUUUGUUUUAACAUGCAUAAAGCGCCUGUUUUCAGGGGGCAAGUUUAGAGAGAGGGGUGACAAAAUACAGUCAUGAUUGUCUGAACCUUCUCAACAUUUAACAAUCAAACAGAAGUUUACUGAACCCGUUUUAUAAUGCAGGUUUUUUACUGAGUUGCGUUUUGCGGAAAAUAAAACAGACAAGCUGCCCGAGUUUUAUUCAGCAUUGUCAUUCAGAAGGCAGAUCUGUGCAAGUCAUAACAAAGAUCAAGAAGAACUUGGAGGUGUCACAAUUUGACCCAAGUUUGCGUCAUACUGCAAAUACCACAUCCACAUCCUACAAAAACAAGGGCACUGCCCCAUUUUCUUUUGAAAAAAUGAACAACACAGAUAACGCACAGACACAUUUGGGUGACGAAUGGUGGCAAACAAAGGGAGAGGUGUUUCUUUCGGUUUUGUUUUGAUUUGUGGUUGAUGACUAUCCCAAAGAAAAAUCUGUGGAGUUGAUCUGUAAGUGUUUCGUAGUUAACUCUUUUAGCCACAGCCUGGGUGUGUCUCUACGGCCAAAUGGACUUUAUUGAGCAGUGCUAAAGCUGGAUUUAAAAUCAUAGCUUCACAAACACACCCAUCCACGCGCACAUGUACUGUAUCUCUCAGUAUGCCGGACUUGGCGAAGUGACAGGAGCCUCUUAGGAGCUGAUUCGGCUGGACUUGUGUACGACUGCCGAUAAACAAGAGCACUUGAGGCACGUGGGGUGAAGAAAUACACAUGAGGAGGGAGGGGGGGCCUCAGGGGAAUUAUCUGUGAUUUUGUUAUGAUGUAACACAGCAGCAGCCUGGGGAAUGCCAGUCACACCGGGGGGGUAGUACACAAGUGUCAUUCAGUCCAUGUAUUCAUCAUUAUUUCUACAUGAUUUCUAAAGCCAUGAUCUCUUUUACACUUGGAUAUGGUUUGGAACAGAAAAAAUGUGUUUUUUAUCGCAUUUCUUAACAAUAAUUUAAGAAUUAAAGUCUGAAAAUCUAUGCAUUACGAGGCAAUGUACAUAAAAUACAGAUCCAACGCCCUUUGAGUUCAAGAGGAAAUGAUAAAACGACACGACGGGAAAAAUAAUUUUACAAACUAAAUGCAUUCAUGGACAGAAAACACAAAUGAAGGACAAACUUGAUGUGUACGGCGAAAACUUUCCAAUUAACAUUUCAUCCUCUAAAUACAAACAUCCGAGUUCUUAUCCCAUCAUAGCAGCAUAAUUCUGGACAAUCCCGAAUUCCAAUCAGACUUUCCCACCAUGUGUGCGAAGGACUUAGAAGCUGACAGGAUGGGCAUCCAAUGAACUACAUUGUUUACAGUGACAUGAAUAACAAUUGGUGCACAAAUAACAAGAGGAGCUGUACUCCCACUGAUGAAGACUGAACACACACGUGUGAAUGAGAAUCCAGCAAAAGGGAACCAAGACUGUGGUUUAACACGGAAGAAAAACAACUUGACAAGUUCAAGGUGGCUAAACAGAAGCCGUAAAAAGGAGCCGAGUGUUGUCGAUCACAUUCCACACACAAAGCUAAGCCAACUGUACAGCACGAAGGAGACGGGACCGGUCAACAGCAUCCACAGGCUCGGGCAAAGGGGACGUCAAGUCUGGCAGGCCAGGAGCUUGAUAAGGAGAGUGGUUCCCCCUGGGAGUGUGCAAAGCGGGUCUAGGACAGUCACUUUCAAAGAGGGGAAAUCACUUAUAUUUUUACAUCACUGCCACAGACUCCGGAGGAACCCAGGGGUCCCUGUGUCUCCAUUUAGUGUUAUCUUUUCAGGUGAGGAUGCCGAAUGAGGCUUGAGUGCAGGCCAUUAUGAUACGGUCAUUUUAAGUCACAUAAAAACAGCACGUUUGAGGAGCAACAUCGAGCACAACUCUUAACUGAUACGAAAGAAAGACUUCAAACACACUUUAGUGUUUGGGUUUUUUUUAAAGUGGGCUGCAUGAGGUCAUUAUCACUAUUCAUAUUAUGUACAGUGAAUAAUGGUGAGCACAGUCCCUGUUUGGAAAUACGCUGGCCAGAAGCAGCUCAACUUUAUAACUCUAUUCACAGGGAUGUUGAACAAAAGGAGACUCUGCUUAUCUGGACAUAUUUGAAUAUUUCUCCUGCUUUGUCUUGAUGUCAGGCUGCUCUUUCUUUAGCACAUUUUUAAAUACCACAGCUGUGUGUGUGUGUUCUUAUGCAGCAUAUAGUAUUCAAUCAGCAUUUUACAGAAGAGACAACAGACAAAAGACCUAAAACUAAAAAAUGUAAAUGAAGAAAUACUGUCAGCCGAGUCAAAGGAUUGUUGGAUAAACCCGUGCAAACAGUGGACAGAUACGUUUUUGGGAGCUGUCUGUUGGGGUGUUUCAGUUUUUUAUUCUUAAAAUCCAGCUCUUCAGAUGGUUUGAUAAAUCAGUGUUUUUAGUAAGAAUCCAGCAGGCUGCUUUGUAUUGUGUCCUACAGACAGUAAAGUGACCAGGAUGCUCUGUUUGAACACAAGUUUGUACGAUCUUAAAAGUCUUUGGAAGAGUGACGUUUUAUUUUUCGUUUGAGAUUUUGCCAUUAGCGGCUUCCCGAUACAACUUUUUGACUUCUGAUAUGAUACCGAUAUUGUAGACCGAUACCGGUAUUGGCACAAUAUCGUGCAAGACAAGUUUUUCACUCAGCUGCAAUGUCUUUUUCAGACUUAAACAAAAAAUACUGCCACAGGGCUGUCAUCACUCUUACUCCUUGGUACUUUGUUAGUACCUUAGUAUACACAGUUGUUGUGAUUUUGUGGGCUUUGCAUGCUGGAUCAGGGCGCUGCUAGAUAGAGGUGCCAGGGCGGAGAUGCAGGCCGUUUUAGAUGCAGGCCGAUAUAACCCAAUAUUCAAUUUCUUUGCUGAUAUUGGACCGAUAUCCGAUAUCAAUAUUGCCAUGGUACUUUUUGGUUAAAGAGGCUGUAACACAUUGCAGAGCACAUGCAAAAACACAGAACUUAUAUUGUUGACAUAAACUCAUUGCCAAAGACAGGAGCUAUCUGAAGUCUGAAAACAUUAGAUUACAGCAUGGACUUGUUUUUUGUAAGGAAGGGACUUUUUAAGUCCAAUACUCAGCCUUGGGUUAAGCAGAGCGCAGCAUCUAUUCUCGUUAUUUCUCUGAAUUCUUCAAACAGGGUCCAUGCUGACCAUCAUUGACUGAAGAUAAUACAUCGUCUACCUCAUGCAACCCGACAAGAAAAAACCUGAACCAUCUUUUUAGUGUUUUUUUUUUUAAACU